UAAACUGUGAAGCCUGCCCUGCAGUGACUGGUGAAUUUUCGCGGGGUUCGCUGCCGUGCUGGUGAUGGGUGAAACCAUUGUGACUCUGAGGGGGAGGGGAUUCUAAAUCGACGAUUUCUGUUUGAAAGGAGUUUGGCGCAGGUUUCCUUGACCUUCAACGUGUAGGCUAUGCUAUGGACAUAAAAUAUACUUAAAAAAUAUUAUCUGAUUUAUAAAUGGGGUGGCAAAAGGGGGUGGCAAAACUGUAUCCCACCCCGUAGAUCCGCCUCUGUCUCUGUAUAUCUACAAUAAGAUUUUCUUAUAACCACUUUACUGUUAAUACACUUUACUGUUUAUCAUAUACCGUAUUUUCUCUCUAAAUGUUUUCAAUGCCCUACUGUCAUUUAAAUAGCCAAGUUGACUUAAUUUAAGGCAGCAACAAUUUAUUUUUAUACGAGUCGAUCACAUUGGAAAUUCUUUUUUCCUCUUUUGCUUCUCUUUCGCUUUCUCUCACAGAUUUAUUUCACUUUGACAUGCAAAUUUUGUUUACGCACUCACUUGAAAACCAGAAGUAUUUUAAAUUCAAGAGAAAUGAAACAGUUUUCCCCACUAGUGAUGUAACCUCUAAUAGAGCCACACCGCUGUUCUUUGGGGCGAAGCAACUAUAUUUGAGGUGUAUUUCUGUCAAGAGCAUUUAUAUUCCUGUAACGGGCCUGGACUGUGAUUCUCAGAAGCACUCUCUUAUUACGGGACUGAAGUCAAAAAUCACUGGAAAGAAAUGGCAGAAUCAGCAGCAAAUUGGUUUGUGGAUCAGUUCAGGUGUCCAGUCUGUUUGGAUGGACUGAAGGAGCCGGUGACGAUUCCCUGUGGACACAGUUACUGUAUGAGCUGCAUUACUGACUGCUGGGGCCAGAAGGAGCAGGGGCCGCCGUACUGCUGUCCCCAAUGCAGAGAGAGCUUCAGUCAGAGACCUCUACUGAAGAAGAACACUCUGAUAGCGGAGAUGAUGGAGACGCUGCAGAAGACGUCUCUACAAACGACUGCUGUGGAGUGUGAUGUUUGCACUACAGAGAAGAGCAGAGCUGUUAAGUCCUGUCUGCAGUGCUUGGCCUCCUUCUGUCAAACUCACCUGCAGCCUCACUAUCAAUCUCCUGCGUUUAUGAAGCACAAACUAGUCGAAGCCUCUAGAAACAUUCAGGAGAACAUCUGCCUCAGUCAUGGGAAACUUCUGGAGAUCUACUGUCAGGACGACCAUCAGUCAAUUUGUUGUUUGUGUACUGAUGAUCAUAAAGGACACAGUCUGGUGUCUCUGGAUUCAAAUUGGACUAGGAAAAAGGAAGAGUUAAACGAGACAAAGGUGUCGUGUCAAAAGCUCAUCCAGGAGCGAGAGAGAGGUCAGCGGGAACUCAGUGAAUCUCUGAAGCUUCUCACAAGUUCAGCGCUAGAGACCAUGGAGGACUUUGAGAAGGUCUUCGCUGAACUCAUCUGCUCUCUUGAGAAGAAACGCUCUGAGAUUAAAGAGCAGAUCAGAGCUCAGGAGAAGACUGAGAUAGAUCGAGCAGAGGAACUUCACAGACAUCUGGAUCAAGAGCUGACAGAACUCAGAAAAAGACAAGCUGAGAUUGAAAAACUUCUGAUUACUGAGGAUCAGGUCAAUUUUCUGAAGAGCUGUCAGUCCGUGUGUCCUUUGCCAUCAUUUGAAAACGUUCCCAUGACUCAACACACACUUUUUAAAGACAUUUCAAGCUCAAUGUUUAAGGAGGUUUUGGAGGACGUCUUUCAACAACAAACAGCCAGAAUAUCCAGAGAAGUGUCGAAUGUCUAUGUUACAAACCCUCCAGAACCAAAGACCAAAAAUGAUUUUUUGCAGUAUAUCUGGGAUAUUAACUUGGAUCUAAACACUGCACACAAUAGCCUCAAACUAUCAGAUGACAAAAGGAAAAUAUUAUCUUCAGAUACAGCUCAGCAAUAUCCUGAUCAGCCGGAGCGGUUUAAUGAGCGUCCCUAUAUCUUGUCUAGAGACGGUUUGUACGGCCGCUUCUACUGGGAGGUGGAGUGCAGUGGGGAUGAAUGGGCUGUAGGAGCUUGUUACAGUGGAAUAAGACGUAAAGGAAGCACUGAUGACUGUGCACUGGGCUUCAACAAAAUGUCAUGGAGACUGGGUUAUUAUCUGAAGAUUUUCAGUUACAUUCAUGCUCAAAACAAAGUCUCAAUCCCUGUGUCCUCUAGAGUAGGAGUGUAUCUGGAUCAUAAAGCAGGAUCUCUGUCCUUCUACAGAGUAUCUGACACAAUGACUCUCCUUCACAGAGUCCAGACCACUUUCACUGAACCCUUAUACCCUGCGUUUAAGGUUGGAAACCGUUCAUCUGUCAGGAUCAUAGAGCUGAAAAAAGAACAAGUAUCCACCUUAUUUUGCAGCGCAAACGAAAGUCUUUAUGAACGUGUCAGAAUUCCUCUUUAUUCAACUAAAUUGGAAAUUGAAACUAACGGAAGUGACGUGACAUACAGUCAAGUACAGUGAUCCAUACUCAGAAUUCGUGCUCUGCAUUUUACCCUAACAAA